CCGUGGUGGCGGCGGCGGCGGCGGCGGCGGCAGCGGCAGCGGCGGCGGAUGCGGCAAUGGCAGCGGACACCGAGCAGGCUUAAGGGCUAGGACCCGACUCCCUCCCGCGCCACCUCAGGCUCACCCAGCGCUGCAGCCUCAGUUCACUCCGCUCCUGCUCCCUCCCGACCGCUGCCCCGGCGGAGGCGGAGGCCCGGGCUGGCCGCCGUGUUCGUGUCCCGGCUCGGCCUCGGACGGUCGGGCUGCUGUGUGGAGAGGAGGCCGAGUCGGUAGUAAAAAGAAAAUACUGAAGAACUGGAUCCCAAGAUGAGUAAAAAGCCCCCAAAUCGUCCUGGAAUCACUUUUGAGAUUGGUGCUCGUUUGGAGGCACUGGACUACUUACAAAAAUGGUAUCCGUCACGAAUUGAAAAAAUAGACUAUGAGGAAGGCAAGAUGCUGGUUCAUUUUGAGCGCUGGAGUCAUCGUUACGAUGAGUGGAUUUACUGGGAUAGCAAUAGAUUACGACCCCUUGAGAGACCAGCGCUAAGAAAAGAAGGGCUCAAAGAUGAGGAAGAUUUCUUUGAUUUUAAAGCUGGAGAAGAAGUUCUGGCUCGUUGGACAGACUGUCGCUAUUAUCCUGCCAAGAUUGAGGCAAUUAACAAAGAAGGAACAUUCACAGUUCAGUUUUAUGAUGGAGUAAUUCGUUGUUUAAAAAGAAUGCACAUUAAAGCCAUGCCCGAGGAUGCUAAGGGGCAGGUGAAAUCCCAGCAUCCACUAAGCUGGUGUUGUCCUAUCGACCCAGCUGGAUCGUGUAACCAGUCUAUGGGAAGUGAGGAUUGGAUAGCUUUAGUCAAAGCAGCUGCUGCAGCUGCAGCCAAAAAUAAAACAGGGAAUAGACCUCGAACCAGCGUUAACAGCAAUAAAGAUAAAGAUAAAGAUGAGAGAAAAUGGUUUAAAGUACCUUCAAAGAAGGAAGAAACUUCAACUUCUACAGCCACACUGGAAGCUGAGAAGAAGGAAGAUCCUCCCACACCUAGUGAAACAUUUGUAGGACUUCAUGUAGAGAACGUUCCAAAGAUGGUCUUUCCACAGCCAGAGGGCACAUUAUCCAACAAGAGGAAAAAUUAUCAAGGCAACUCAUUUCAGGCCAAGAGAGCACGACUUAACAAGAUUACUGGUUUGUUGGCAUCCAAAGCUGUUGGGGUGGAUGGUGCUGAAAAAAAAGAAGACUACAGUGAAACGGCUCCAAUGCUGGAGCAGGCGAUUUCACCUAAACCUCAAAGUCAGAAAAAAAAUGAAGCUGAUAUUAGCAGUUCUGCCAACACUCAGAAACCUGCACUGUUAUCCUCAACUUUGUCUUCAGGGAAGGCUCGCAGCAAGAAAUGCAAACAUGAAUCUGGAGAUUCUUCUGGGUGUAUAAAACCCCCUAAAUCACCACUUUCCCCAGAGUUAAUACAAGUCGAGGAUUUGACGCUUGUAUCUCAGCUCUCUUCUUCAGUGAUAAAUAAAACUAGUCCUCCACAGCCUGUGAAUCCCCCUAGACCUUUCAAGCAUAGUGAGCGGAGAAGAAGAUCUCAGCGUUUAGCCACCCUGCCCAUGCCUGAUGAUUCUGUAGAAAAGGUUUCUUCUCCCUCUCCAGCCACUGAUGGGAAAGUAUUCUCUGUCAGUUCUCAAAAUCAGCAAGAGUCUUCAGUAACAGAGGUGCCUGAUGUUGCACAUUUGUCACUUGAGAGGCUGGGAUCCUGCCUCCCUCUUGACUUAAGUCGUGGCUCAGAAGUUGCAGCCCCACUAGCUCCAGAUCUCUCUUACCAUAACGAAGGCCCCAGGGCAGAAAAGGAAGCUGCACAGAUGUUGACUUACCCUUCAUCCAAAGCAGUAGCUGAUGGAAGAGGAACUCCAACAGCUUCAGGAUUAUUGAAAACAGAAAAAAAAGUGAAAUUGGAAGAAAAAAGCUCAACAAUACUUGGUAAGAGAAAAGAAAAGGAUAAGGAAAGAAAAGAGAAGAGAGACAAAGAUCACUACAAGCCAAAACAGAAGAAGAAGAAGAAAAAGAAAAAGAAAUCUAAGCAGCAUGAUUAUUCAGACUAUGAAGACAGUUCUCUAGAAUUUUUGGAAAGGUGCUCUUCUCCACUAACUCGAUCUUCUGGGAGUUCUUUGGCUCUGCGAAGCAUGUUUACGGAGAAAAAUACAGCCUAUCAGUACCCAAGGGCAAUUUUGUCAGUUGAUCUUAGUGGUGAAAACUUAUCAGACAUGGAAUUCCUAGAUGAUUCUUCAACGGAGAGUUUGCUUCUUAGUGGGGAUGAGUACAAUCAGGACUUUGAUUCAACCAAUUUUGAGGAAUCUCAGGAUGAAGAUGAUGAUCUUGAUGAAAUUGUGCGAUGUAUUUGUGAAAUGGAUGAGGAGAACGGCUUUAUGAUUCAGUGUGAGGAGUGCCUGUGCUGGCAGCACAGUGCGUGCAUGGGGCUGCUGGAGGAGAGCAUCCCAGAGCAAUACAUCUGCUACAUUUGCAGAGACCCUCCUGGUCAGAGAUGGAGUGCAAAAUACCGUUAUGAUAGAGAAUGGUUGAAUAAUGGGAGAAUGUGUGGGUUAUCAUUUUUAAAAGAAAAUUAUUCUCAUCUCAAUGCCAAAAAGAUAGUUUCCACCCAUCAUCUCCUUGCUGAUGUCUAUGGCAUUACAGAAGUACUGCAUGGCUUACAGCUGAAGAUUGGAAUACUAAAAAAUAAACAUCAUCCUGAUCUUCAUCUCUGGGCUUGUCCUGGGAAGCGAAAAAAUCAAGAUGAAGUAAUUGCUGGGGUAGAGAAAAGAAUGGCGGUGCAAGACACAGUUAAUCUAAGAGAAAAGACAGCUCAUGUUCAGAACCACAAAGAGCCAGCUCGUUUGCCUCUAAAAAUGGAAGGAACUUACAUAACAAGUGAGCACAGCUACCAAAAGCCACAAAGUUUUGGUCAGGAUUGCCAGUCUCUUGCAGAUCCUGGGAUCUCAGAUGAUGAUGAUAGUAGUAGCUUUGAAGAAGAACAAGAAUUUCAUAUAACUGAUAAAAACCAUUUACAAUACUCAGUAAAAGAAGAUGGAAUGCCUGAAAAGAAGAAUCCUUCUGAAGGGAAUACAGUAUUUGUUUAUAAUGAUAAAAAAGGCACUGAAGACCCAAGAGACUCACAUCUUCAGUGGCAGCUCAAUCUCCUUACACACAUAGAAAAUGUGCAGAAUGAAGUUACCAGCAGGAUGGAUCUAAUAGAAAAAGAAGUUGAUGUUUUGGAAAGCUGGCUUGAUUUCACAGGGGAGUUGGAACCACCAGAUCCUCUUGCAAGACUGCCACAACUUAAACGCCACAUAAAACAGCUACUCAUGGACAUGAGCAAAGUACAGCAAAUAGCAACUCUUUGUUCUGUAUGACAACAGUGAAAACUUGAUGAAAAGAAUGUGGCUCUCUUCAGUCAAAUCAUUUUUAUUAUCCACAUGACUGAGUGGAUAGUUAAAAACCUUAGUAAUGUUUGGUCACUUACUGAUUUGUGACAUCAGUAGGAUGGCAUCUUGGAAAAGAAUAUGAAACCUUAUCAAGAAAGCUAAUAUAAAAAAUUCCAUGAACAAGCCGCAAGCGGUAAUGUGUUAAAUGCCAUGGAUCAGUGAAGUAGAAUAUAAUACUAAAGGGACUCGAAUUGGCAGGUGUUUUGAAAAGUUGUUCACAUGAAGCUUGAGAUAUCUGUAGAAAGAAGUAUGGUACAUUUAUAUGGUUUUUAGUGGAAAGACCCACAUUUAUAAACCAGCAUUUAGCUAAAAACAAAAUUAUAGAGGAAAUUUAAAUUCUGGAGAGUUCUACAAAGUUGCUGUAAGAACUGUCUGCUCUGCAAUUGAUCCAGCUGCACAGAAGUUUAGGGCAUUUAAACUUAUAUGGGAUCAUGAGCUGUUUUCUGGGUGAUUAACGUUCUUAGUCAGAAAACUGACAGUAGAAGCAUCACUUCUGGAAAAACAGUUGUGGAAUUCUUACUUCAUUAUCAAUAUAUUUUAAAAAUAGACACCAGAUAAUUGGAGUUUAUUGCAGGUACUAAGCUUAUCAAAAACAAAUUGGCUUGUAGAAGGGCCACCAGUGCCAAAUGAUGUUGAUACUGCUGGAAAGAGAAUUUUAAAUAUUGUGGGAGUUCUCCCACCCCAAGUCUCACAUAAUGCCAUCAGUCCAUCAAAAAUGUAUAUAUCAUAUAUAAUAUAUAUGUGUAUAAUAUAUAUAUUAUAUAUAUAGUGGAAUUGCAGUAUUCAGGCUUCAACAUACAGUUUAAUCCUGAGUAUGCUUGUUGUUUGCCUUCAGAGGAAAAAAAAAUGUAAACAACCUCAGCUGGGAUGAGGAGUGACAAAAAUAUCAAAAUAAAUUUGUGGCCGUGGAUUUUUUUAACUACUAGUAGUGGAAUACUGGAAAUGCUUCAUUUCUGAAGAUGAAUUUUAUUUUUAAAAACACAUGUGCACUCAUAACUUUUAGCUUUGGUCACAUGGACAAGUUUCUGAAACCAAAGGCAACUAAGUUGCUGUAUUAGCUCUUGCUGGAUUUUGAGCCUAGGUCCUACUGUCUGUCAGCGCUACGGGAGCUGUCUGCCGCCCCCAGUGCUCCGUACGCAGGUAUGCGAGGUGUGUGUGCUUGUUUUAAACAAACACUCAACGUACAUAUGUACAUAACAGACACAUAUUUAUAUCUACACAUAUCUAGUUUUAUUACUAUAGACUCUUAAGAAUUGGUGGUUAACAUGAAAUGUUACCUUUUAACAGACUGUUUUUAAAAUUAAAAUGUAUGUACAGGUUUUGAAAUUUUUUUUAAAAGGGGAAAAAGACUGUUAAGAGGAGGCUAUUUGAUGACAUAUAACACUUGAAUAUUUUUUGCCUCAUUCUGUUUAUCAGUUCUAGCAAUCUGUAUAAAUGCAUUUUAGAACUGAUAGACAGUAAACUUGAAUUUAUCUUUGAUAAGAAUACAUACCACUGUACAUUCAAAUAUUAUUUAAAUUUGCAAACACACUGUUCUAUAUGUAAGGUACUGUAUGUAAAACUCUUUAUUAAAACUGUUCCACGUAUCCUAAAAUUUCAGCUUGCCUUUUUGCGGCCUUACAUUUUGGUGUAAAGAUGAUUAAAAGAAUGUGCAAGAGAGUCAUUAGAAAUUUUUAUUGCCUUUUUGAGAGUCUGCGACUUGACAAAUGUGCCAAAGAUCACAGACAUAAAAUACAGUCCUGUGUAUUUACUUGUGAUGCAUUAAUUUUGUCAUAAAGAUUUGACUGAUAGAAAGCUUUAGUAGAGGUGAUAUUGUGGGGUAGUUGCUUAAAUUUGCAUAUUAAAGUACAAAAUACAGUGUAUUUCAUGUGUGGAGUAAAUUUGCUAAUGUCAGUAUUUCAAGACAUAACUGUUUUCUCAAGACUUACACUAUAUCUUUCAUCUGUGUUUAAAAACAAUAGCUUGGAUCCUUUUCCUAUUGUGGUUAAAUUCUAGGUAUUGACUUUUUCUCUUCUUUUCUCAGAAAUGGAGCAUGUAGCAAGCGUCCUUAACCUAUUAAAAGUGCUGUUGCCUAGAAUCUAGUCACAUUUCCAGAUGGCCCUUUUUACCCAGUAAUACUUAUCUUCCCAAUCUCUGAUGACCACAGUUAAAUUAAUGCACAUUUGUUCUUGCAGUAUCUUAAAAUUAUGACUUUAUGUGCUAGCAGCCAGUCAACUGGAAAUUCCGUUAAUAAUUAGAUUAUUAAAACUUUUGUUCUGCUUAUAUGUAUGAGAGGUAGAAGUCUGAAUUUGUAAAUUUAGAUUUUAAGUUAAAUUAUGUCAAAUUAUUUGUAUCUACAUAUCCAUUUAAUAUAGAGCAUAUCAACAAUUGGUUGAAGCCUUUUAGCAACUAGUGGCCUGAGCUUUUCUUUCUGAAAAAGAAGUCCAUUGUGAGUGUUCAGAUGAAAUGAUUUUUUUUCCGUUUAGUCUUACCUUAAAAAGAUAAGUAUAUGUAUUUAAAUAUGAGCAAUAAACUAAAGAGGGUAUUUCUUGAGAAGAUGUGGUAUUUCAUUUGCCACCCAGAUAUGCAGAAUAGAAUGAGCAGUGGUAGAGAGGGGUCCCUCUUAGUGUGUUUUAAAAGGGGAAAAAUAAUGGUAAGAGGAGGCUAUUUGAUGACAUAUAACACUUGAAUGUUUUUCAAGUGUUGUACUUCCUCACACUGGUUUGUGGUUUUACUGACUUAUUACUUUUGAAAUUAAGGGUAAUGUACUUUUCCUUAAAGUAACUCAGUCCUUCUCGUAAUGUCAGAUGAGGUCUCUUUUCCUAACACCCAUCAUAUUUCUACUCACUUAUUUCCUCCCAAGUGUUCAAAUACCACAUAUUCAAAUUGAAGCACACCAUUUCCCUCCAGUAAACUUCAUCUCCUGCCGAUUUCACUGUCUUAGAUAAUAACAUUACCCUAAGAUCCCAGGCUUGAAAUGCUGAAUUAAACCCCAUAGACAUGUGAUGGUUCCUUUGAAUGGAUGAUGUCACUUUCUUCCUUCUCAAUUCUUCUGGUGGAUGACCAUUUUUCAUAAAAUAAUGUCAUGGAGGUUUUUCUAUAGUGGCUUCUCUGAUUCUAAACUUGUCUUCAUUCUAAUCUAUUAAAAUUGCCACUACAGGCUAAAGGAUUGACACUUAAUGUGUGCCUGCUAUGUGCCUGGUGUUACACGUGUUACCUGCACUUUCUAAUUUACUUUGUAAGAUAGAUAAAACAGGAUCAUUUUCUAGAUGUAGAAGCUGAGGUUUUGAGACAUUUAGUAAUUUGUCCUGGAUAAGAGCUAGUAAGUGGCAGGUCCAAAAUUUACCCUGUGCCGACUCCAUCUCAUGUUCUUGUCAUGUUUCUUUUGGCUAUUCCUGUCAUUUCAGUAACAUCCUCUGAAACCUCCAGUGACUGCCUAUUUCAGACCAAAUCAAGGCUGUGUAAUUUGGACCUUUUGCUGUCUACCUAAUUCUCAAAUUCAUUUAAUUGUGAACACACUUACAUAGACUAUGCUUGUUUUCAUCUCAUGCCUGCCUACCAGUUCCCUGUUCUAAAGAAUUCUCCCUUGUUUGUUCUGUCUUUACAAACCCAGACUAUCCUUCAGACUUUGAUUUCUCUUCCUAAGAGAAGCAAUCCAUUAUUGAAGGCCUCUUUUGGAUCCUUCAUUAUACCCAGCUAUGGAGGGACUACAUCAGUAAAUAAUAAUUUGGCAGAGUGGAAGAAGUAUGAACUUCACAAUCCUAUACUCAGAUUUUCACUCUGGUGAUUUACUAGCAGUGUGCACUCUCUGAACUUUGAUUUCUUUAGCUGUAUAAUGGGAAUAAUGCCUAACUUCGAGCCUUGUUUUGAGAAUUAAAGGAAGCAAAUAAAGUACUUA